UCUCCAGUCUUUCGUAUGGCUGAUGUACCACAAGGCUUUGAUGCUGUGUUCGUAGAACCACUCGACGAGAAGUUUACAUGUCCUAUUUGUCAACUAGCUUGCAGAGAACCAACUCUAACUCAAUGUGGCCACCAUUUUUGCAGCAGUUGUAUGACGCUCUGUCUGUAUCGGUCUGCGUCUUGCCCCGUGUGUAGGACAGAAUUGCAAUCAACAAAUACUUUUCCCAACAAUGCAAUGAAGAGAGAAAUAUUGGACUUGAAAGUCAAAUGUUGGUCACAUGAGAAAGGAUGUGCUUGGAAUGGUGAGCUAAGGUAUGGUAGGGAUCACCACAGAGAAUGUCAAUAUGUGGAUGUUGCGUGUGUGAAUGGAUGUGAGCAGUUGGUAAUGCGAAAGGACAUGGAUGAUCAUAUGGCCAAUCAUUGUCCUGAAGGAAUGAUAUCCUGUACGCAUUGCGAUCUCAAUAUGAAGCGAGUAGAACUGGAGGUUCAUUACAAAACAUGUGACGAGUAUCCUGUGGACUGCACGUACAAGUGUGGCAUGAUGGUUCAGAGAUGUCAAAUAGAAGAUCAUAUUGCAUCAUCAUGUCCUAACAUUCCUUUCGAUUGUGAUUACAAGGACGAUGGCUGUCAGUUUAAAGGCAAUCGUCAUGAUUUAAGCAAACACAUUGAAAGCAACGUUGUCUUUCAUCUUGGUCUGAUCGCAAGUUCACUGAAAGAAACGAAGCAAAGACUAGCUGCAAACGAACUUAAACUCGACACCACCAAACAAGAACUCCAUGAUGCAAUAGAAGAAUUGACAGUUACGAGAGAUGAACUGGAAGAAACAAGAAACGAACUGGCAGAAACGAAAGACGAACUGGCAGAAACUAGAGAUGAACUAACAGAAACAUCAGUGCAACUAUCUAUAGAAGUGCAUAGGAGGAGCUUGUCUCUUUCGCCACAGACACCAAAACAGUUUAUAUUCACUUGGACAAUAGAUAAUUGGCAUGAGAAGGUGAGAGCCUUUAAAGAGAAAAAUGAUGCAACAGGAAAGAUCAGCAGUGGCCCAUUUUAUGUAUAUCCUGGCUAUCGUCUAUACAUCGGUGUUUAUCCAAAUGGAUUCACGACUGAUUACACAGGCUAUCUUGGUGUUGUCCUUUUUGCCACCGAGGGCCAAUUCGACGAGACAGUCAGAUGGCCAUUCCCGUUUUCUUUCGAUUUUGAGCUAGUCGAUCAACAAGUAGGAGGGAAGAAUAUCUGCGGCCAAUUAUCACCACCAUAUGGAAAUGCACUGGAAUGCUCUACAUGCCGUGUAGGAUACGGUAAUGCAAAGUUAGCCAGUCACGAGGAUUUGGAGUCUCGUUGCUACAUCAAAGAUGAUUCAAUUUGUAUAAAAUUGUGUGUAAAUGUCAAGAAAGAGGAUGAUCAUGAAUGACAUGAAUUUUUAAUAUGUUCCUUGAGCUGCAAUCUUAUACCUACAUAUAAACAUUGUGACAUUGCUCAUAUUAUGAUGCGAUUGCAUGUGCAUUUUAGUUGUUUAUAGAUUAGAGCAUGAAAUGUGAUUAUGUAUUAUUGAA